CAAUGCAGACGCAAACUUGCGGGCGGUCAUUACAAAUGGUUUUUCCUUGAUCAUUUUGAAAUCUGUUUAUUCUGUUUCCAUUUUCAAAUUCCACACAGUCUUGUCUUCAUCCUAAAAAUUGUUAUUUAUCCGUUGUUCUUUGCAAGCAAAUAUUUUCUCCUCGCCAUCUCCAACGUCCUACUCAGGCUGGACAAAACCCUACCAACAGUAUAGUGUAGCACUGCUUUCUAGUUUUUCGGGCUGUAUUCAGGUUACAAAUAUACAUUGUGGUUCAUCGCUCGGGACAACCAAUUGAAACUUAAAUUUUUGCUUGAUUUCUGACGCUACUCGUUAAAUGCCUGGGACUGUUUGUUUGUUUCUGCCACUCGUUGAUAGACUGAAAGAGCUUAGUAGCUUUUUCGCCAAAGGGAACAUACAGGACAUUCAAAGCCUUGUUAUUCCUGUGGUUGAUAACAUAUUUGGUUAUUCUGAUGGAGUGGAAGGAUGGGGUUUACAUUCUUUAAAGGAACCUGAUAAUCCACAUCUCUUUGGUUGUAUUCGCGAAUUUCUUUCACCAAAUGGAAGGUUCCUGGAGGUUUUGUCUAGCAAGCUAACGCUUGAAUUUCCGUUAUGUAAAUAUGAUUUCCCGCUCUGGCUACUGUCGGCAACUUCCCAGAAUGCUGUUCGCUCAGGUGAUGGCAAACAUCCUCAGACUCAUUUAUCUCUCAAUGCUUUCAGCUACUACAUGUACGCUUUCAUGUGCUAUACUACGUACCCAAAGUGGAAACAGAACAUUUUAUUAUUUGACUUCGAGAACAGCUUGUAUUUUGCCUUGUACAAUGACUACCUUAGUUUUUACCUGUAUACUGAUCCAAUGACAGUUAAUGUCAUGGCAUCCAGGUUACAGCUUUCAAGGACUGGGCUUCAAGUACCUGCAUAUCAGAGAAAUUAUUUUGGUGAAUCUGUCAUUCAGUUUCCAAGUGAAUCCAUAGAAGGCUGCUUCUCGGAGUUCCGAUUGUUUUGGCAGACGGAAUCGAUAUUGCAAGCUAUUUGUGAAUUUCUGCUCUCUUGGAGGGUGCCCGAACUUCCGAAGAGCAUUGUUGGAUCGCCUAACAACCCUACUGGUAUGGUUUCGUUAUCUGCUCCCCAAAGCCAUGUUGAACUUUCAACUAAACCAACUGUCUGUCAGGUAUUCCUCGUACGAUCUUUUCUCAAACAUUUCUAUUUUUCACUGUUUAAUAAUACAAGUCCAAGUAAUUUUCAAAUUCCUGAUCAGCAAAUGAUAUGGAGUAAAUUUCUCAGUUAUCGCAGAUAUCUAUGCAGUAACCAAGGUGUGAUAACUUCUCAAGAGUCAUCCAUACCACAUCACAAUAUAAUGAAUCAAUUUCUACAAUAUAUGAUAUACUGUUUUCAACAUUGGCCUCUUGAUUUAAGUUUUGAAGUAGUACUUGAAACUUGGCUGUCCAGUGUUCAACCUUGGAGGUAUGCCCAAUCUCUUCAACCACAGGCUAAUUCACGUUGCUCACCUUUGGCACAUCGUGAUGGACUUAUGAAUUCACAAAUGAAUAUUGAUAAUGACUGUUAUCCGGAAUGGGUGACAUUUGUUGCUCGUCACUACAGUCUCUAUGUUGCUCUAUUCUUGCUAUUUAUACAACGGGCUAUUCGUACUGAUUUAUGUGUAUGUCGAAAUGCGCAUAUGGUAUAUCGAGUGGCUAAGGUGUUUUCUCAAGAUGGAUUCAAAACUUUACUCAUGAAUACUGAAAAACUUCUGUGUGAACAACAGCAACACCAACAACAAGAUGAUGCUCAAUCACCUACACUAAUGCACAAUCUCAUGGCAUUAGACCAUCAAAGUAAACAGACUGGUUUAUGGAAUCCUGUAGUCAUAAAAGCAGUUGAAAGGAUCGUGAAUUCUAUGAUGACUACCAGAACAAAUUUACAAUCUGAGAUGAUACGUAAAGCAAAUAGAUCUUCGUCAGAUUCUACUGGUUUAUUCAAUCAAGUCACCGAAUGGUUGUACAGUUUAUUAAUGCUUGAAGGAAACAAUACAGAUGAUAAUGUCAAUAAGUGUAUAUCCUAUUUAACAGAAGGUAUUCAUGCACUUUGUGAAUUUUUCAACAUUCCAGAGUGUCCUGACAAGCGGUCAAUGCAUUCAACCACUUCAUUUAGUAUCGCCAACAGAGACUUCAAUUCAGAUUGCUCGUGAAACAAUUGUUAAUGAGAAAUGCAUUACAGACGUGUUGAAGAUCAAUAGAACUGCAAAGAAAGUUCGCGUGAUUUAUGUUUGAGUAAUAUUUAGUUUUGGUAAGUUUGUAUCCACCGUCUUUCAAUUUCUCACAUGAUUAGUAAUCUCAAAUCAUGUAUUGCUGUUUUUUUUUUUUUUUGACCUUCAGACUUUAGAAGUUGAAAUCAAUAUGUCACCAAAACUAUCACAACCUGGUCGUAUACACUGGGAUGAUCUUGGUAAUAGUUCACUGGUUAUGCGACCGCACUUACAAUCUCCAUCAACAUUAUCACCAUCAUCAUCUACAUUGUAUGGGAAAUAUUCAAAUCUUAUGAAUUCAUUGUCAGAUGAAUAUCAUCCAUCUUGGAGUACAAGCACGUAUUCAAUUCCUCAGAAUAAGGCUGUAAUAAAUCAUCACAACAAUGAUAAUAAUAAUAAUGAUGAUAAUCGAAAUUCAUUGGAACCUGAGAAAGUGUUAACACCGUUUGAUCGGUUCCGGAUUAUAAUGGGCAUGCAACGUCCUAAUGUGUUUCGUCAAACCACCAACAGAGAUUAUGUGUCAACAUAUAGUACUUCAUAUGAAAAUCGUUUCAUACUUGCUGCAUGCAAUUAUAUUGAAGAUAAAAUCAAUGGAAAGAUGAAAAACUACUUCAUUCAUUGGUGUAAACUACGCGAUAUCCGUGGCAGAAUUGCACGUCGAAUAUUACUUCGAACAUCAACAGUGAAUCAGUCUAAAUCUCAAUUAUCACAAAAAAGUAGUAGUAAUCAUCCUAGACUGUCAUUUCGUUUUCUAGCUAACUAUUAUAUAUUAAUACGUCUCUUUUUACUGUAUCUAUUCAGUUAUGCUUGUCUAGGGAUUCAUUCACCAGUUUUUUAUAUUUUUUGUUUAAUUAUUCUAUGCAUUUUCUAUCAGAUUUUCCAAUCAUUACUAGGAAUGUGUUAUGAGAAAAUUAAACAACUUUAAACACAGAUCAUUUAUUUAUAUAUACAUUAUUACAUAUGUGGAUUUAUAUGCUUGAAUAAAUAUCUACUGAAUUA